AUGUAUAUUCCAACAAGAUGGGGUGAUAUAGGUAUAUACUAUGUAAUUGCUGUAUUUAUUUGGGCUUUUCCACCUGAUCGAAUAUUGAAGGAACAAGCCUGGUCUUUGCUGACUCUUGACAAAAGAAUGUUAUUCUUGCAGAGUUGUUCUGAUCAAGACAUACUGGGCCAGGCUUUUGAAGAUGCCUUAGAGGUACUGCAGCAGCACUCCGAUGUUGAAAUGCAAUAUUCACCAGGUUAUAGAAAUUGCCUGACUGUGAUCAACCAUCAUCCUCACUUCCGAGCAAGUCCCAGCUACUCUGCAGCACCAUCUGCAGAGGACCCAGGAUAUAACUGGAGAAAUGUAAUAAACAGUGCAGCGGAUUUUUGUGCAGAUGAAACUGUCUACCAUUCCCUGCAGAAUAUUCCAGAAAACCAAGUGAUGCAUGCUGCUGCUGGCCAGCCAAAAGCAGGGAAAGGUAGAAAAAAACUUCGACUGUUUGAGUACCUCCAUGAGUCUCUGUAUGAUCCAGCUAUGGCAAACUGCAUCCAAUGGGUGGAUAAGCCCAAUGGUGUCUUUCAAUUUGUCUCCAAAAACAAGGAGAAACUUGCAGAGCUGUGGGGAGAAAGAAAGGGAAACCGCAAGAUCAUGACAUAUCAGAAAAUGGCCAGAGCACUGAGAAAUUAUGGAAGAACAGGUGAAAUCAUUAAAAUUCGAAGGAAGCUGACAUACCAGUUCAGUGCAGUUGUUUUACAGAGACUUUCUCCAUCUUAUUUCUUGGGAAAAGAAACAGUUUAUCACCCAUACAUUCAGUCUAAUCAAGAAUAUCAGUGUGCAGAUGACUGGAUCAAUUACAAUAAUUACAUGUAUAACAAUAGUUAUGCAUUACAGCAUGCUAACAGCUAG